CUUCAGGGAGGAGCAAAAAUGGAAUUAGGCCCGUAGUGUUGUUCCUGGCAGACUGUGCGGAGUCUGAAGUCCACUCACCUUCUCUAGGCAACUUGGCAUACACACACCGGCCACAAAACAGAGGGAGCGAAAACGAGAAAGAGGAACAGAAAGAAGAAGCCAUCUAGUACACCUUUCAAAUCAAGACAUUUUCCCGCCAACUUUUUUUUAUAUAUGAAAGGAAUUGCCGGCAAGCCUCUACUCUUAUUUCUGCCAACCCGACCUAGUCAUGAUUAAGACCUAUCGGCUGCCUUCGACACUGUGAACCAUCAGAUCCUCCUCUCCACCCUCUCCGAGUUGGGCAUCUCCGGCGCGGCCCACGCUUGGAUUGCGUCCUACCUGACAGGUCGCUCCUACCAGGUGGCGUGGCGAGAAUCUGUCUCCUCACCACGCGCUCUCACCACUGGUGUCCCCCAGGGCUCUGUUCUAGGCCCUCUCCUAUUCUCGCUAUACACCAAGUCACUUGGCUCUGUCAUAACCUCACAUGGUCUCUCCUAUCAUUGCUAUGCAGACGACACACAAUUAAUCUUCACCUUUCCCCCUUCUGAUGACCAGGCGGCGAAUCGCAUCGCUGCAUGACUGGCAGACAUAUCAGUGUGGAUGACGGAUCACCACCUCAAGCUGAACCUCGGCAAGACGGAGCUGCUCUUCCUCCCGGGGAAGGACUGCCCGUUCCAUGAUCUCGCCAUCACGGUUGACAACUCCAUUGUGUCCUCCUCCCAGAGCGCUAAGAACCUUGGCGUGAUCCUGGACAACACCCUGUCGUUCUCAACUAACAUCAAGGCGGUGGCCCGUUCCUGUAGGUUCAUGCUCUACAACAUCCGCAGAGUACGACCCUGCCUCACACAGGAAGCGGCGCAGGUCCUAAUCCAGGCACUUGUCAUCUCCCGUCUGGAUUACUGCAACUCGCUGUUGGCUGGGCUCCCUGCCUGUGCCAUUAAACCCCUACAACUCAUCCAGAACGCCGCAGCCCGUCUGGUGUUCAACCUUCCCAAGUUCUCUCACGUCACCCCGCUCCUCCGCUCUCUCCACUGGCUUCCAGUUGAAGCUCGCAUCCGCUACAAGACCAUGGUGCUUGCCUACGGAGCUGUGAGGGGAACGGCACCUCAGUACCUCCAGGCUCUGAUCUGGCCCUACACCCAAACAAGGGCACUGCGUUCAUCCACCUCUGGCCUGCUCGCCUCCCUACCACUGAGGAAGUACAGUUCCCGCUCAGCCCAGUCAAAACUGUUCGCUGCUCUGGCCCCCCAAUGGUGGAACAAACUCCCUCACGACGCCAGGACAGCGGAGUCAAUCACCACCUUCCGGAGACACCUGAAACCACCUCUUUAAGGAAUAUCUAGGAUAGGAUAAAGUAAUCCUUCUGACCACCCCCCCCCC